AUGCUAUGCUUUGGAAACAAUCCUGUCCUCAUUAUCAGCUUGCUUUUUGUUUCCAAGUAUCUUCUGGACAAGAGAGGAACGACGUACUCGUCAAGACCAGCUCAUAAUGACUUCCAUACGUUCCGCUUGAUUAGGCGUGUAUACCACAAUCCUCUUGGGCCCAAACCAUCAGCGGAUUUUCGCAAGUACCAGGAUUUCGAGUCAAAGAUCCUAAUCAGCGCGCUCCUGAAUCAACACGUCAUAUUCAGCGCUUGUUAUGGUGCACGGUUGGAGCAGCUGGAGCAUCCCAUUAUGACGGAAUUCUACGCCGUGUGGGAGAUCAUGUUACAAUAUUCUCAACCCGGCUCUCUAUUAUUUGAUGUUUUCCCGUUCUUAGGGUACUUGCCGGAGUCGAUGCAGCCUUGGAAGAAGCUUGCAGCAAAGUUGAGGGUGCGAGGAUUUAAGCUGAACCGUGCCUUCUUGCAUACCUUAAAGAAACAAGCUAACGAGGGCUGCGCACCACAAUGUUUUGGGACGCAUUUGGUCCAGAUACAGGUAGAAGAGGGCAUCGACAAUGACCGUGCCUGCGACAUCCUGGCCAUGUUGAUUGGUGCAGGUGCAGAUACGACCUCAUCCAACCUGCGGUCAUUCUUCGAAGUAAUGUUGGGUCGCGUUGUAGGAUCUUCCCGCAUGCCAACUUGGGAGGACGAGGUUUCGCUUCCUUACGUCCGAGCGGUCAUCAAAGAAUUCCACCGAUGGGCUCCUAUCGGGAGUCUUAGUGUACCACACGCGACGACGAUGCCUGACCUGUAUCAAGGGAACAUCAUACCCCAGGGAACAGUGGUGUUUCCAAAUCUGACGGGAUUUGUUGCAGUAGAUGCAAUAAGUGAAGGUGUAACCACACAGGGCAGUAAUCGGAGCCCUGAGCGAUACGAUAAUCCCGAGGACUUUGCGCCAGAGAGGUUUUUGGGUGAUAAUCUUGAUGCUUCAGCGUCUGCGCUCGACCCAGACUUUAAGAAGCGCGAUCACUUCCACUAUGGUUUUGGUCGCCACCUUUGUCAAGGGAUCUUCGUCGCUGAAGCUAGCCUGUGACGGUUAAUGGAAUAUAGAGGUCAUGUGUGCCACGUGUGUUGGUGCAGUGCUCUUGCCCUUUCCAACAAGCCCUUUCUACCUCUGUCUGAACGACAGAUAUGUCAUGUAAACAGACCCUGAUGGCCCGGUGAGAGAGA